GGCGGGGCCACUCCCGAGCCCCGCGUCCCGCUCCCAUGGCCGCCCCCGGCUCCCCGCGCUGCCCCCUCUCCCCCGGGCCGCGCCCCGGGGCCCCGCACUGACGGCCCAUGGCGCCGCCCGCCGCCCGCCUCGCCCUGCUCUCCGCCGCCGCGCUCACCCUGGCAGCCCGGCCCGCGCCCAGCCCCAGCCUCGGCCCGGGACCCGAAUGUUUCACGGCCAAUGGUGCAGAUUAUAGGGGAACGCAGAACUGGACGGCACUUCAAGGCGGGAAGCCAUGCCUGUUCUGGAACGAGACUUUCCAGCAUCCAUACAACACUCUGAAAUACCCCAAUGGGGAGGGGGGCCUAGGCGAGCAUAACUACUGCAGAAAUCCAGAUGGAGAUGUGAGCCCCUGGUGCUAUGUGGCAGAGCACGAGGACGGAGUCUACUGGAAGUACUGUGAGAUUCCCGCUUGUCAGAUGCCUGGAAACCUUGGCUGCUACAAGGAUCAUGGAAACCCACCUCCUCUAACCGGCGCCAGUAAAACGUCAAACAAACUUACCAUACAAACCUGCAUCAGUUUUUGUCGGAGUCAGAGGUUCAAGUUUGCCGGGAUGGAGUCCGGCUAUGCUUGCUUCUGUGGAAAUAAUCCUGAUUACUGGAAGUACGGGGAGGCAGCCAGCACCGAGUGCAACAGCGUCUGCUUCGGGGAUCACACCCAGCCCUGUGGCGGCGACGGCAGGAUCAUCCUCUUUGACACUCUCGUUGGCGCCUGCGGAGGGAACUACUCGGCUACAACCUCCGUGGUGUAUUCCCCUGACUUUCCUGACACCUAUGCCACGGGCAGAGUCUGCUACUGGACCAUCCGGGUGCCGGGAGCCUCUCACAUCCGCUUCAGCUUCACCUUGUUUGACAUCAGGGAUUCUGCCGACAUGGUGGAGCUGCUGGACGGCUACACCCACCGCGUCCUGGUCCGUUUCAAUGGGAGGAACCGCCCACCUCUGUCCUUUAACGUCUCUCUGGAUUUUGUCAUUUUGUACUUCUUCUCUGAUCGCAUCAAUCAGGCCCAGGGAUUUGCUGUCUUAUACCAAGCCGUCAAGGAAGAGGCGCCACAGGAGAGGCCCACUGCCAACCAGACGCUGGCCGAGGUGAUCACGGAGCAGGCCAACCUCAGCGUCAGCGCAGCCCGGUCCUCUAAAGUCCUCUACGUCAUCACCACCAGCCCCAGCCACCCACCCCAGACCGUCCCAGGUAGAUGGACAGUGUAUGGCCUGGCAACUCUCCUCAUCCUUACGGUCACAGCUGUCGUAGCAAAGAUACUUCUGCACGUUACAUUCAAAUCCCAUCGUGUUCCUGCCUCAGGGGACCUUAGGGAUUGUCAUCAACCAGGGACGUCGGGGGAAAUCUGGAGCAUUUUUUAUAAACCCUCUACUUCGAUUUCCAUCUUUAAGAAGAAGCUCAAGGGUCAGAGUCAACAAGAUGACCGUAAUCCUCUUGUGAGUGACUAAAAGCUCCCCACUCCAUGCCCAGGACACGAGGUCCCUCCGAGCUCAAGGCCACUGGGGACCCGUGGUUUCCUCAGACUGACUCUCCCUGCCUCUCCCUCAGCCUCUGGCAACCUCUGCAAGAGCGCCGUCCUGCGGGCUGGGAAGGGACGUCCUGCUGCAGAGGCAGGCCUAGCCUGGACUCCCCCUGCUCCGUCUCUGCACUUAGGAGAGAGAGACCCAAAGUCCCAGGGUCUGGGCCCUCCCUGUGCUGCUCGCUCUCUCUCU